GCUGCGAGUGAGAGGGUUUUGUGUUGGCCGUUUUCAUAGGUUGUCAAUAUUUAAUCUCUACUCCUCCGCCGUCAUUUUCCGGCCACUGCUCCGCCUCUCUCCGUAGACGCCAACAUCUUCCUCAACGUUUUGGAACCCUUUCAGAUAGUUGUGAUUUCCCCCCCACUAGCUAGCUUAAAAAUCAUGGUGAGAAAAAGCGGCAAGUUCAAGAAGAAGGAAGAUAAGAAAAAUUCAAUUCGAUUUGAUUCUGAUAAUGAAGACAUGAUGGACGACGACAUUGAUGUUUUCCACAAGAACAGGGAUGUUGUACCACUGAACAUAAACGAGGAUGUGGAAGAAUCCGAUGAGGAUGCCGAGCAGCCUGUGCUUGAUUUUGAGGAUGAUGAUGAGGAAGACGGACACACUGACGAUGACGAUGACGAUGAUAAGCCGCCAAGGGGUCUGGCUGCAAAAAUUGCAAGAACACAAAAGUUUUUGCGGGCUAAAUUUGGCGAUGUUGAGGAUGGAGCUCUUGAUGAUGCUGAUGAAGUAGAACCAGGAAGGGAUUUUUGGGGUAAAAAAAGUGACCUGUAUGGUGCUGAUGUUGGCAAUGAGCCACAAUCAAGCGAUGAUGAAGAUGCAGCUGAAGAGGAGGAUGCGGUUUUGAAACGACAAAUGACAAUAGCGAAUAAUCUAUCAAUGGAGGAUUAUGGUGUUGAAGAUACUAGCCAAGAUGAGAUUGAUAGGGAGCUCACAUUUCAGGAAAUCUUGGACCAUGGAAAUGCCCCAUCAAAAGCUUCUCUCGACAAAGAAAUCAAGGAUGAAGAAGGAAUGACAUAUGAAAUAGUAAAGAAAGAUUUAAAUGCAUUGACAAAGGAAGAGCAAAUGGAUGUUGUGUACAGCUCUGCUCCGGAGUUAAUUGGCCUUUUAUCAGAGCUGAAAGAUGCCCUUGAGCAACUUGAGAACAAAGUGAACCCACUUGUGGAAAAGAUUACACGACAAGAGAGUGGAAAGAAGGGAACGAUGCCCUAUAUAGAGGUCAAGCAGCUUCUAUUGCAAUCCUUUUGCCAAGCUAUAACCUUUUAUCUUCUUCUCAAGUCCGAGGGGCAGCCUGUUCGUGAUCACCCAGUUGUUUCUCAUCUUGUUGAGAUCAAGAGUUUAUUGGAUAAGAUAAAAACCAUAGAUGAUAACCUUUCUUUCGACAUGGAAGAAAUUUUAAAGAAGGAAAUGAAUGGUGCAGGAGCUGUUAAGAUAUUGGAAAAAACUGCUCCAGUAGAAUCCGAUUCUUUAAAAAACAGUGAAAUGUGUUCCAUUGUAGCAUCUGCAGAACAAGCAACAGUAGAGCCCAACAGAGAAGUUUUGUUGAAUACCUUAAAAGAAGCUAAGAGGUCACAAAACAAGCAUCAAGAUAAGCAAGUCGGACCACAAAGCAUGGAAAUGUUAAAAAUAAGAGCUUCUCUAGAGGAGAAAUUGAAACAGCAAGGAGUUUUUAGUUCCAUGGCACCAAAGGCUGCUAAGUCUAGUAAAAAUCAACAACCAGUGAACAGGCAACUUGAGACAUUUGAUGAUUUUGUUGAUGAAGCCAUGGAAAUAGAUGGUGCGUCAAAGGGAGGGGGCAAUGGGGAUGCAAUUAAGAAAAUGAUUCUUCGCCCAAAUAAACGCAAGUUUGCUGCUGGUGAUGAUGAUAUACCCAAACGAGAUGAUAUUGGGGAAAGGCGAAGAAAGCAUGAGCUACGAGUUCUGGCUGGAGCUGGAAUUAAAUCUGGUGAUGAUGUUGAAGACGAGACCCGUAGCCUCUCUAGUGACGAAGCUGAUGAUGCUAACGAAGAUAGUGAUGCUGAUUCUGAUUUAGAAUUCUACAAACAAGUGGAAAGCAAACAUGCUGCAAGGCUUGCUGAAAAAUCUGCCAAAUACUCCAGAGUUGCGGAAGUUCCAUCACUGACAGAUACUGUUGCUGAUGAUGGAAAGCGCCAUAUCACUAAUCAAAUUGAAAAGAAUAGGGGUUUAACUCGUGCCCGCAAGAAACUGACUAAAAAUCCUAGGAAGAAGUACAAGUUGAAGCACAAAAAGGCAGAAGUGCGUAGAAAAGGGCAGGUUCGAGAGAUCAGAAAGCCAACAGGCAGCUAUGGAGGUGAAGCAUCUGGUAUUAAUGCAGGGAUCAGCCGCAGUGUCAGAUUCAAGAACUAGUAGAGAUAGCAGGAUGCUUUAUGUCUCUUGCAGUUUGUUCAACCUCAGAUUUACAGGCAUUGUACCAAUUAGUGCUUGCUUGCAAUUUUGACUAAUUUGUAACCUAUUAGUUAGAGCAUUGGAAAAAAAAUUCAAGUUUGGCCAAUAGUUCAUUGCUGUA